CGUGCUCCCGUUCGCGCGUGACUGUCCCCUGAACUUUUUACCUCCAAAGUGUUAGCAACUCGUACAAGCAUUCUCUUUUCUAUCUUCAAAAUCCAACUCACAACGAAGAAGAUACUCUCUCUCUCUCUCUCUCUCUCUCUGUUUGGAUUCAAAGAAAAACAAACUUUUUUUCUUUCUUUCUAUUUUUGCUGUUAUUUUGGCUUCCUUAAAACCCUAGUUUCCUCCCAUUACGCGAAGGUGCUGCUGAAUUCAACACUGGUAAACUUCGACAAGGGGAAGAGCUAAGCAUUGUGGCUUUCGGAAUUUAAAUUAUGGAUUUAGAGGAUAAAUACCUUGCUAAAGUUUAUGGCAUACAAAGUCUUUCUUCCAGUGUGCAAAGUACUCCAGAGAAAAAUGGUCAUUCAGAUGAUGCUUCAAAAAGUCCAGAACUCUUGCAAGAGUUCCUGAAAUCUGGUCCAAGAAAGGAGCUUCUCCGAACCUGUUUUCAUAAAGACAUGAAAACUUCAGCUUCUUCAAAGAGCAAAAUGUCUGAAUCGAAGUUAGGUAACAAAACCAUAAAAAAGUCGGACUCAAGAAAAGCUUUAGCCAGUGCAAACAGUCAGUCUUCUGCUAGGAAGCAAAACAGGAAGGGGGAGAACCCAAUGAGAAUGCUCCCGGCUACUGAGCAGCCUUCGGACCAUGGAUUUUCUAACUCAUGGAUAUGUAAAAAUUCUGCCUGUAGAGCUGUUCUUUCCAUAGAUGACACAUUUUGUAAGAGAUGCUCAUGUUGUAUCUGUCACUUAUUUGAUGACAACAAGGACCCGAGUCUUUGGUUGGUAUGCACUUCUGAAUCUGGUGAGGGGGAUUAUUGUGGGUUGUCAUGCCAUAUUGAAUGUGCUCUUCAACAUGAGAAGGUGGGGGUUGUUGAUCUUGGACAAUUGAUGCAGCUAGACGGUAGUUAUUGUUGUGCUUCUUGUGGUAAAGUGUCGGGUAUGCUUGGAUGUUGGAAGAAGCAGCUAAUGAUAGCUAGGGAGGCUCGCCGCUUGGAUGUACUCUGUUAUAGGAUAUACUUGAGUUACAGGCUCCUAGAGGAGACUUCUCGCUUUAAAGAACUGCAUGAGUUUGUGAAAAAUGCGAAGGCCAAACUAGAAACAGAAGUGGGUCCUGUGAAUGGAGUUUCUGCUAAAAUGGCACGGGGAAUAGUGAGCAGGCUUUCUGUUGCUGGUGAUAUACAGAAACUAUGCUCUCUUGCAAUUGAAAAAACAGAUGAAUUGCUGGUUACCAUGUCUAACACUAAUCCAAAGUGCCAAGAUUCACGUCCUGCUGCUUGCAAGUUUCUAUUUGAAGAAGUGAAGUCAUCAUCUGUUGUAAUUAUUCUAAUUGAACUGUCCACUGCAUUGUCUGACGACAUUAAGGGCUACAAGCUCUGGUGUUUCAAGAGUAGAGAUGAGACACAUACAAACGAACCUAUCUCUAUCUUUCCAAGAACCCAGAGAAGGAUCUUGAUAUCUAAUCUGCAGCCCUGUACUGAGUACACCUUUCGAAUUGUUUCUUAUACUGAAGCUGGUGAUUUGGGCCAUUCUGAGGCUAAAUGUUUCACCAAGAGUGUAGAAAUAAUUCACAAAAAUCCUAAUUCAACUGUUGUGACGAAUAGGAAGAAUGAAAAUAACCUUAUUGAAGGAAGUUCUUUAGGUUCAAAGGAGCUCCCAGCACUUGGUUCUUCUGGAUUUAAGGUUCGAGAGCUUGGAAAGAUCCUGUGUCUCGCUUUGGCUCAGCAGCAAGGCUGCUUUGAAGGGUUUCGCAGUGCUGAUUUAGAAAAAUGCUGUGGAGCAAUAAAAAAGAUUAAACCUGAAACUCGAGAAGAGGAUCAUAUGCCACCUGUUUCCCGUGGGCUUGACUUAAAUGUUGUCUCGGUGCCUGAUCUAAAUGAAGAACUAACUCCUCCAUUCGAGUCCUCCAGGGAUGAAGAUAAUGGUUGCACUUUAGAACGGACUGUUGAGGCUUACGAUGAUGCUGCUUCACCUGAAAUAGAGAAGAACGGGUUUGCAAGAUCACAUGGUAGUGGAGAUUCCCAGACCUGGACUAAUGGGCCAAGGGGGGAAGUGCCUGCUGUUGACUCCCAUACAGAGUUGUGUAGGAAAAGAGCAACACACUCGAAUGAAGAGACACAUGAUUGUGAUAGCACUCUUAUUAAUAGCUCACCAUUCCGAGUCACCAAUGAUUCAGGUUCCUUGGACGAGAAUUUCGAGUACUGUGUGAAGGUAAUCAGAUCACUAGAAUGCGAGGGUCAUAUCAACCAGGAAUUCAGACUGAAAUUACUAACAUGGUUUAGCUUGAGGUCGACAGAGCAAGAACGCAGGGUGGUAAACACAUUUAUUCAAACCCUGAUCGAUGAUCCAAGUAGCUUGGCAGGGCAGUUAGUUGACUCGUUUUCAGAUAUCAUAUCUAGCAAGAGGAUGCGAAAUGGAUUUUGUAGCAAGCUAUGGCACUAAAUUAGUGCAGGCCAUUCUAAAACAACAGCAUUGCAAUUUGCUCCUGGAUUUAUUCUUUUCCCUUGUGAUAGCCUUACGCCCUUACCCCUGAUUGUUUCACCAACCUUGUACAUGCAUUUUCUUUUUACCCUGACCACUUUCUAAAUACUAGUCUUUGUUGGUUCGCUGAUUGCUGCCAUGUUUACCGGUAAGGGGGUGGGGGUCAAGUACUUUUUCAAGCAUGGAGAAAAUAUAUAUUUAUUCAUGAAUCCUUUAGAUUAAUAUUGCCUUCUGAAAUUCAAUGAAGGGUAUAUGAAUUAAGUCACCCAUUUGUCCUCUGAUUUACUUGCUGCUACCCUUCCAUGGUGAUUUUUUAAUAA